AUGAUGACUUUUGAAGAGAAAGAUCAACUUUUAGAAAAAGUUAGUGAAACAAUAGUUGUUUUUGGUGUUUGGAUUUCUAAAUUAAAAUUGAAUUUGUUUUUAAGUGAUUACAGAAAGCUUUUAUUUGAAAAAAAGGGUAUUCCUCAUGUGAUCAGUAUUAAUAAAGAAUACAAGAAAUUUGAUGUUUCUGUUGAUGAAAUUCAAAAGGGAAAUUUGCUUGUUUUACUUAGUGAAAGUAUAAAAAAUUUUGAUGUUGUUAAAGCUAAAUUAAGGUUAAAUUUUAACUAUUUUAAUCACACUGAAAUUCUUAGAAAAAUUAUACCUGAAAAAUAUGCAAUAUCAGCAUUUGAAGAAGUUGGUGAUAUAAUUCAUUUAAAUCUACAUGAUGAAGUUUUAAAUUAUAAACAUAUUAUUGCAUGGGUAUUAAAUAAGAAGUUUAAUAAGACUGUAAUUAAUAAAAAGGGUAAAAUUGAUAAUGUUUACAGAAAUUAUGAGUAUGAAGUGUUAGAAGGAGAAGAAAAGUUUACAACGAUGGUUAGAGAAAGUAAUGUAAAAAUUUAUGUUGACUUAUCUAAAGUAUACUGGUGUUCAAGGUUACAAGGAGAGAGAAUGAAUUUAAUUAAAGAAAUUGAAUCAAAGUCAGUGGUGUGUGAUCCAUUUUGUGGUGUCGGUCCACAUGUUUUACCGUUGCUAAAAAAAGAUUGUAAAGUGUAUGCAAAUGACUUAAAUCCAGAUGCUAUCAAGUGUCUUAAAAAAUCACUUAAACUUAACAAAUUUACUUGUGACACUGUUUAUUGUGAAGAUGCAAAGAAAUUUUUAAUUUCAUUGCAAAAUAUAAAAAUAGAUCAUUUUAUUUUUAAUUUACCAGAACAAUCAUUAGAUUUUGUAAAAUUUUUACCAUCUUUUAAAAAUAACAAUUAUACUUUACACUGUUACUUUUUUUGUAGAGACAAUAAAAAUAUUAAUGAUGAGAUUUAUGAAAAAACUAAAUAUCACCUUGAUAUUAAGUAUGUUAAACAUGUAAGGAAAGUGUCACCAUCAAAGAGUGUCUAUAAAUUGACUAUUAAAUCAGAAUUAUUAAAAUAA